GUAACGGAAAGGUCACGGCCGCGAAUCCAUGCCAAGUGGCGAACAGGCAUUCCACGGCACAAGUUGCUGUGACCAAGUACAACAUGACAGGAUGAGUGUGUCCGUAGGCGCCACGGCCUUGCUAGUCAAACAAGGAAGGCCAACGCAAACACCAUUUACAGUGUACGUGCUCGAGGUCAACUCGAUGCCAACCAACACGUGGUGGAUUCUUCGCAAACGGUUCUCCCAGUUUCGUUCGUUUCGGAGCGAACUCGUGGCGUUGCACAAGCACUCGCGGCACGCGGCGCAGCUGCAAGACCUACACGAAGUCCUCGGGCCCGUUGUGUUGACACCAUUUCCCACGCGAAGUCCUUUUCUCGUCGAGUCUGACCGCACCAAGCACCAGCGACGCGCUGCUUUGAAAGCGUUUACUGUCCAGCUGGCGAACCUGCGACAAACAGCUCUAUCGCAUGUGACACCGUCGUGUCAAUUGAAGUACCUCAGCAAGCGUCUGGACUUGUUCUUGCAGGUGCCACCACCAAUCCACUUCCAAGCUGAAGGCAACUACCGGCGGGACGAAGACUGGAGUAGCUCGCCACCGCCAUCACAUCAUGCACUACCGACACGAUCGUUGGACGUGCCGCAGUGCUGCGUGGUGUGCCUGGAAGACCAAACGCUGCAGGAUGCUGUGUAUCUGCACUGUGGCCAUGCCUUCCACAACUCAUGCCUCUUCCAAUGGCUCACCGACAACCAGUCGUGCCCGUUGUGUCGUAAACACGCCAGCUACGGUCACCUUCUCCCCCCUCCUGCCCAAUCCAACUAGCAAAGGGCCAAUGUUUGCGAAACGGUCGGUAGUCACGGGUGUCCAUGGAUGAUUCGUCCAACGUGCAAAAUACUCGUUAAAGUCAGCGUAGACCAGAGUCUACUUGAGUCAACAUGCAGAUAGAAACGCUCGUAUUAGGGAGAGUAGUUCACCACAUACAAUAGAAUGUCGACCAUCUUUGGCAACUCAAAAACUGUAGAUUACCGGUAGUAUGGUUAAACUAACUACAAUUACAUCGUCACGAC